CGAUACACCAUAGAAAUCAAUGCUCUUGCUCGAGAAAGUCUCAUUAAUGCAGGUGGAAUCAUUGAAAGCAGUUUCUCUCCUGGAAAAUACUCCAUGGAACUUAGCUCCGUUGCUUAUGACAAGCUCUGGCGUUUUGACACAGAAGCAUUGCCAGCUGACUUGAUCAGCAGGGGAAUGGCAGUUGAGGAUCCAACAGCAAAACAUGGCUUGAAGCUAACAAUCAAAGACUACCCAUUUGCCAAUGAUGGUCUGAUGCUUUGGGAGGCAAUUAAGCAAUGGGUUACUGAUUAUGUGAACAACUACUACAAAGACGCAAGCAAGGUCGUAUCUGACAAUGAACUUCAAGCAUGAUGGGAAGACGUUAGGACAAAAGGCCAUGAAGACAAGAAAGAUGAACCAUGGUGGCCUGUCUUAAAAACCCAACAAGAUUUAAUCCAGGUCUUAACAACCAUAAUAUGGGUAACUUUAGGUCAUCAUGCAGCUGUGAAUUUUGGCCAGUAUGUUUUUGGUGGGUACUUCCCCAAUAGGCCAACGAUCGCUAGAAUCAAUAUGCCAACAGAAGAGCCAACAGAGUCUGAGUUUGAACUCUUCUUGAACAAACCAGAACUUACAUUGUUAAAAUGCUUCCCUUCACAGCAGCAAGCAACUAAAAUGAUGGCCAUUUUAGAUGUUCUAUCUAAUCAUUCACCUGAUGAAGAAUACAUUGGAGAUACAUUGGAGUCAUCUUGGGAAGCAGAUCCCGUCAUUAAAGCUGCAUAUGAAAGAUUCAGUACAAAGAAAAAGAACAGUAAAAUAAAAGGGAACUAGUGCACUCAGAGAAAAUUUUAAGAAGCAGAAGAAGGAGAU